AGCAGAUAAAAGCCCCAGCCAAUACCAUUUCCUGAAGCCAGAUGCAGAUGUGAGUGCAUAAUUCACAAGGCAAGGGGUUGUCCAAGGACGGUGUCACUUUUGGGCUGCUCCUGGGACCUUCUGAGCAGCCAUGGCUGGGGAAAUAGUUUAUGCUGAUUUAAGGCAUCUUGGGGAUGGUUCUUCUGUUGAGAAGCAUCAUGCAAAUGUGGCUCUUUCAGCGCCUGCCUUCUGUCCAUGGUGGCACAGGGUCCUUCUCAUAGCUGGGGGGCUGGGGCAACUCAUCCUGCUGGUCCUGGUGGUGGUGCUGAGUGUGCAGGUUUUUCAGGGCUCCCCACAGCCAGUGGUGACUAGUGUUCCGCAGCUAGGCAGUGGGAUCCAGGGAAGGAACCAGGUGGAGCAGUGCAUGUUUUCAUCCCUGGUGCAGUAUUUCUGCAAGCCCCAAGGGGACAGCCCCACAGCCUAUGCUGGCUGCAAGCUGUGUCCCCAGGACUGGCAGUUCCAUGGGGAAAGAUGCUACUGGCUUUCUGAGGAAUUGGGAAACUGGACUCAAAGUAUGAAAAGCUGUGAGAACCAGAACUCCCAGCUGGUGGUGCUCCAGGACAAGAAAGAAAAGGAGUACAUCAAGACUGUUACAGGCAAGAGCCCACCACCAGUGUGGAUUGGAUUAAGGUCACAUCAGAAGGUGUGGAGAUGGGUAGAUGACACACUGUUCAACCCCAAAAUGCUUGGCACCUCUCUGCACAAGAUGGACGAAGGGUGUGGGAUACUGAGAGCAAAGGACUUUGAAGUUAAUAGAUGUGAUGCUGAACACAAGUGGGUUUGCAAAAAAAAGCCUUUCCUGCUCUGCUCUGUGACAGCAGAAGAUGGAGCGAAAAGUGAUGCCUCCUUCUGACACCCACCCCAAAAUGCCCAUCCCACAAGACACUUGCUGCCAAUAUUUGGGGUAAAAUAGCCCCAUCCUCACAGUUACAGCUUUGCAGGAGAUUUCAGGGUUUGCAAAUCCUCUUACCAUAAGGACCAAGACCAAUUCUGGGGGCACAGAUGAACCCCUGAGCUGGAGAAUCGGGCCUCAGGCACAGUGUUGAUAGAGCUGUGGCAUCAAUAAAAGCUUAUCAAACUGGUUUGCUUCAAUUUAUUGAAAUAAUGCAGGCAAGAGCACAGGUGGCAUAUCAUGCAAAGUUCAUAUAUAAAUAUUGCAAAUUUCAACUCAAAAAAGCUUUUGUGAGUGGCAGAUAUUACCUGUAUGCAUCUCUUCAGGCCCAGCUGAGAGUGUUAGCACACUGAUGCAGGCAACUGGGUGGAUGUGGGCAGCUGGUUUUGGCUGGUUUUGUUGUUUUUACCAAAUUCCCUCCCUGUCGCUGUUGAGCAGGACGAGACCAGAAGGACUCCAAGUUAGAAGGCAAGAAAUGAAACCGAUUUAUUUCAA